AUGAAGAUUAGAACAGUCAGACUACAUGUCGCGAUGUUGGGGAGAUAUAUCGUCAUGGUCAUUUUGACACAUUUUCUAGUCCACGGCGUCUUACACCGCCGACAUAUUGUAGGAUGGAUCUGCCUUUCAUCAUCGAUUUGUUUGUUUGCAGCACUGCUCCUUAUCUUGAAACAAGUGAUUCAAAGCAGGAACGUGGAGUUUAUGCCACUCUUACUUACUGUCACCCUCACAAUCAAUGCUGUGUUUUCGAAUGUGAUAGGCUUCGCAUUCGGGGUGGUUCAGAUGGCAUUUUACUGGUGGUUUAAGGGAGCAAAUAAUGAACGAGCAGAGGGCGUAUAA